AUGGAGUUACAUCUCCAUCCUCGCAACAAGCUUCUAUUCUUCAUACUCCUCCUAGCGUUUCCACUCAAUGUUCUUGCAUUAGGUUGUGACUCACAAGAUGUCUCUGCAUGCAGAGAUGCGCACACUGCCCUCAAGCUAAAGCUAGGCAGCAUAGCGAUCAUACUUGUUGCAGGUGCAAUCGGGGUGUCUCUGCCGAUUCUGGGGAGAACCAUCCACGCCGUUCACCCGGAAAGUGAUGCCUUCUUCGUGAUAAAGGCAUUUGCUGCUGGCAUAAUUCUCGGUGUCGCAUGCAUCCAUAUUCUUCCUAAUGCCUAUCACAGUCUAGGAUCCGCUUGCUUGAAUGGGCAGUUCAAUCUUGCUGGUUUCAUUUUGAUGAUAGCCAUGGUAGCAACGCUCAUGAUCGACACAUUCGCUACAAGCUAUUACAAGAGAUUGGAAUUAGCUAAGGCUAAGCCAGUUGGGGAAGAAGACCUAGAGAACACCGAUGGUGGAGCAAAUGAAACGAGUGCUCAUACACAUGCCGGUCACGGCCACGCCCAUCGGCCGGCGGUGCCGCUGCUGGAUCAGACAUCGCAACUCACUCGUCAUCGUGUUAUUUCUCAGGUUUUGGAGUUGGGCAUUCUUGUGCAUUCAUUGAUAAUUGGAAUUUCCUUGGGUACCUGCAAAAGUCCAUGCAUCAUUAAGCCACUCAUGGGUGCAUUAAGCUUUCAUCAAUUCUUCGAAGGAUUGGGCCUCAGUGGAUGCAUUGUUCAGGCAAAAUUCAGGAAUGCAGCGACAGUUACAAUGGCCAUCUUCUUCUCCCUGACCACGCCCAUAGGUGUAGCUGUUGGAGCAGGAAUUUCAUCUGUGUAUGAUGAGAACAGCACAACUGCUCUAAUUGUUGAAGGGGUUCUCAACUCUGCUGCAGCCGGCAUUCUUGUCUAUAUGGCCCUUGUAGACAUAUUGGCAGCUGAUCUUAUGCACCCCAAGAUGCAGAGCUGCAUAAAGCUUCAAAUCUCAGCCAACUUCUUCCUUCUCCUUGGAGUCAGUUUGAUGUCUAUUUUGGCCAAAUGGGCUUGAAGGAGGAGGUUGUCAUGGGGAAUGUUGGCUGCACAGCUGAAGAAGAAGGGGAUUUGGUCCGAAUAUGCAGCCUUUGUAGGUUGACAAUAAAAUCAUGGCUGCCCUAUGUACGUCAGUUAAGUGGGUUUAUGUGUGACUGCUUGAUUAAUGUCUCAAACUACAAGGUGUGGUGUGCUUUUGUUCAGGAGAAGCUUUGUUUGUAGUUGAUAUGUUACUGUUUGAUAUUCUUGUUGAAGAGAAACCUUGAUAUUGUAAAUGUGAUUUGCAUCCGGGAUGAGACUAGUU